ACUGCUGCUUGCUGUUGAAUAAAAGUUUCGGUUCCACUUUAGGUUUACACUUGAAUCCUUCGUUGAUUAAUAUCUUCCGUUUGCUGUUUCCCGUAAAAUUUUAAAAUUUCUCAGCUCCCUUUCGUCAAAUUGCCUUUUACACAACCUCAUCCCUUGAGCUGUUAUGUCUUGUCCAGUAAAUGCUAUCUUCAGUUAUCUGCCUACUCCUGAUGUUGACAUAGGAAAUUCAAAAUUCUACAAGAACGCAGCAUAUUUUCCAUGAAAGAAUUGCUUUCGUAUGAGUCUUCAAUCAGAUAUGGAAGCAAACACUUCAAAAUUCAGCGCAGGCAGUAGUCUUAACAGAGAGCAAAAUCAAGCCAAAAUUCGAAAUUCUUCAAAUAAUAGCCUACUACCAAAAAGAUGCUCUCAAAACUCACCGUUGUUUUCUGUCCAUUUGAAAGAUAUUUUUCAAGAUAGUAAUGCUUUUUCAAGUAAGAAUUUGGAAAAUCCUGACAAUGAAUAUAAUUUCAAGAGCGAUGAACACAAUGGAGCAGUACCCAAGAAAAAAAUUACAUGCAUGCCUCUGAUAAAUCUACAAGACUUAAUAGAAAAAAAUGCCGAUGAAAUCUUGAACACUAUACUUGAUAAAGAAAGCGGAUUCAUUCUGGUACUUGAAGAAAAUUUUAAUAAAGAUUGUAUUGCUUGCAUUUUGUUAGCUUUGGGGAAAGCUGUUUCUUCUGACAAUAACAAAGAUGUCGCUGUUAUGUUGAAUAUGAUAUCAAGUAGUAACAGCUUGUUCUUAGUCAACGUACAACAGUACCUGGUGACUUUUCAAACGCAUGCGCCUGACGAUUUUCAUUUAAAUGCAGUGGUUGGUUUCAUAAAAUUCUUAUUAAAGUUUCAGAUUUGCCUGCCCUCUAAUGCCUGCGAUGUUUCAAUUAUGCUGUUGCCACUUUUAAAAGAAACAUGUGAAAAUCAUUUACGGCAGAAUAAAGAAAUGUAUUCUGAAUGUGUAGAAAUGCUUCAAGAACUAGAAGAAAUAAAUUCAUCCAUUCUUAAUAAAUAUAAUUUAAAUCAGAUUAAGGAAACAUCUCGCAACGAAAGGUUGCAGCUGUUGAAUCCCCCAGAAGAUUAUCGUUCGAUCCCCGUUUUGCCAGAUGUAGUCGACAUUCAACAGCCUUGUGCAUUUCUACGUCCCAGUGUAAUCAAGGGCCACUAUCAAAGUACCGAGCAUUAUCUUGAUGUUCAAUAUCGGUUGUUGAGAGAGGAUUAUGUCAGACCUUUGAGGGAAGGUAUUAAAGAGUAUUUAACAUUCAAAGAUAGUAACAAAUCCUUAAAACGAAUUAAAGAUAUUAGGGUCUAUCCUUACGUCCAAAUUGUAAAACAAGAGUUUGUAAAUGGCGAACUGCUUCAUAUGGUUUGCAUCAAUGACAAAAAAUUCGCCAAAAUAAAGUGGGAAUUCAGCAAACGUCUACUAUCCAAAUCUUUGCUUUGUUUGUCAUUUGAUAACUUUAAAACUAUGCUUUUUGCCACAGUGGCUAAAAGGGAUCCUAAAGAAUUGGUUAAAGGAUUGUUAUUUUUGCGUUUUGAAGAUCUCACAGACGAAGUCCUUAAUCUGGAUCCAUACAUAAAUUUCGUCGUGAUUGAAACUAGUGCCUAUUUUGAAGCUUACAGGUAUAAUCUAGAUGCAUUACUCGAACUGAAAGAUGAAACUUUGCCCAUGAAGCGUUAUAUAGUGGACACACAGAAAAGUGUUCUCAACCCUCAAUAUGUAAAAGAUGAUAUGACUUAUGAUAUGAGACCUGCAGUUUUACCGUUGAGUGAAAUUAGUAGAAUGAAAGACAGUUCUGAUUACAUUUAUCCAAAAAAUAUUCCAGAACGUCUUAAAAAUGUAACCCUACUUAAUGACAGAUUGUGGCCAACUUGUGAAGAUCUAAACUUGGAUCCUUCUCAGUAUGCCGCUUUAAAAGCUGCUCUUACUAAAGAAUUUACAAUUAUUCAAGGCCCACCAGGAACCGGUAAAACAUAUGUGGGUCUCAGAAUAGCACAGUUGUUAUUACAUAAUGUUGAUAAAUGGCAGUGUAAGACAAACCCUUCUCCAAUAUUGGUGGUAUGUUACACUAAUCAUGCUUUGGACCAGUUUCUGGAAGGGAUAUUAACUUUCACUGAACAGAUUGUUAGAAUUGGGGGCAGGGGGACAAAUGAAGCUAUUUCUCGUUUCCAGAUAAAUAAUCUUAAAAGAAUUGUGAGAAAUGAUGGAGAAUUACCAGAUGAUAUAUAUUAUAGUAUAAGACACCAAAUGGAUGAAUUAAAAUGGUUAAAACAGUCUGUGGAUGACAUUAAAGAAUCUAUUGAGAGUUCGUAUGUAACAGUUUUGGAUGAAGAAGUCUUAAAAAGCUGUAUGACUUCUGCACAUUAUCAAUCCUUAAAAAGUAAAAUGCGAUCUCCAGACAAUAUCCUUAUUUACGAAUGGUUAUUAGGAAUCCAAGUUCAAGAAAGUAGGACCAUGCGUCGUGCUUAUUUCGGGUGGAAUUCGUUGGAUACUCAUUCUUUUCUGUCCGAGGAGGAGGAGGAUUGUGUUAAAAGUGAUGCAGAUUCUGAAGGAGAAGCUGAUAUUGAGCAUAUUGAAGCUCAAAGGGACAUAAACCCUGAUGAAUUUGCAGGAGCCUCGUAUGAAAUUCCUCCACACAAGGAUAAGUUAGAUUCGAUGAUUGUGCUAGAAGAUGGGUGGCAGUUUGUUGGAGGUAAGAAAGGAUUAAAAGAUUAUAUCCAUGCUUGUUUAUCUUGUACCACUGCUAUGCCUGUGAAGAUGGCAAAACAAAUUAAAGACGUCUGGGGACUUUCUUGCAAUUUAAAAUGGAGUCUGUAUCAGUUUUGGCUUGAAGGCUAUAUACGUAAAAAGAAAGAACGAGUCACGGAACUGCACCAAAAGAUAAGAGAAAAAUAUAAUGAACUUCAAGAAAUGCGAACUCAAGAAGAUAUACAUGUUUGCAGACAAGCACUUGUUGUUGGAAUGACAACUACUGGAGCUGCUAAAUACAGGCAUAUAGUUCAGCAUCUUAAUCCAAGGAUCGUGAUUGUAGAGGAGGCUGCUGAAAUAUUGGAAAGUCACGUUGUUACAUCUCUUGCGCCUGGUACCCAGCAUCUCAUUUUGAUUGGGGACCAUCAGCAAUUGAGACCUAGUCCAACGGUUCACUUACUAGCCACAAAAUAUGGCAUGAAUAUUUCUUUAUUUGAAAGAAUGAUUGAGAAUGGAUUGGAUUAUCACAAAUUGGAAAUUCAGCAUAGAAUGAGACCCGAGAUAGCAUCUUUACUUGUUCCUCAUAUAUACGCCAAACUACAGAAUCAUGAAAGUGUCAAGACAUUCGAAAAUAUAAAAGGCGUUUCUAAGAAUGUAUUCUUUGUAAAUCAUUCAUAUCAUGAAUUACAAGAAAAUGAUUCUAAAAGCAAAGUUAAUGUCCAUGAGGCAAACGUUAUGCUAAAAUUCUGUAAAUAUCUUAUUAUGCAAGGCUACAAACCUUCCCAAAUUACUGUUUUAACAACGUACUCUGGACAACUCUUUGAAUUUAAAAGAAGCCCUCUGAAGAGCGCUCUCCAAGGGGUAAAAUUCACUGUAGUUGAUAAUUACCAAGGAGAAGAAAAUGAUAUAAUUUUGAUUUCCUUUGUAAGAAGUAAUGAAGAAGGGCAAAUUGGGUUUCUUAAAAUAUCUAAUCGUGUAUGUGUAGCUCUGUCUAGAGCAAAAAAAGGGCUUUAUUGUAUUGGCAAUUUCGGCUUGUUGGCUGAAAAAAGUGAUCUCUGGAAAAAUAUUAUUCAUACUUUAGAAGAUCACAAGGCAAUAGGUCCAUCACUUCUCCUGACAUGUCAGAAUCAUCCAACCAUCAGCAGAGCUGUAACAAAUGAAAGUGAUUUCGAUUUCGUCCCUGAAGGUGGCUGUAGUCAGCAAUGUGAAUUUCGUCUUUUGUGUGGUCAUUUGUGUUCUUUGAAAUGUCAUCCAUAUGAUCCUAAACACGAAGACAUUCAGUGUCCAAAACCGUGUACCAAGAAGUGUAUUGAAGGUCAUUUGUGUACGAUGAAAUGCUAUGAGGAAUGUCCACCUUGUCCCGUUUUUUUACCUAAGAAGAUCAAAAAGUGUGGGCAUACCAUUCAAGUACCUUGUCACCUUUUUUACGACGUAACUCCUUGUACAGAACCAUGCGAAAAGUUAUUGUCUUGUGGACAUGAAUGCAGUAGGAAAUGUGGCGAGUCUUGUACAAUGGAAUGCUUUGUCAAAAUACCUUUUAUUUCUUCUGUAUGUGGUCACGAGGUGAAUGUAGAAUGCUCCAAAUCUAAAAAUGUUGAAUUUUUUUUGAUAAGAUGCAACGAACCUUGUGGUACUGAACUGCCUUGUGGGCAUAAGUGCUCUGGUAGUUGUGGUUCUUGUUACCAGGGUCGACUACACGUAAUUUGCAAGAAACCAUGCAAUCGUAGAUUGGUGUGCGGACAUGAUUGCAAAUCACUUUGUAGCAGAAACUGCCCACCAUGUGAGCAACCCUGCGAAAAUUAUUGCGUCCAUAAAAAAUGUACUAAAAAGUGUGGUGAGCCGUGUGAAAAAUGUACAAAACCAUGUGAAUGGUCCUGUCCUCAUAAAAAAUGCACCCGCCUUUGUGGUGAACUUUGUGAUCGUUCUGUGUGCAACGAACCUUGUCCGAAAGUAUUGAAGUGUGAGCAUCCGUGUAUUGGUGUUUGUGGCGAGCUUUGCCCUGCAGAAUGCCGAAUAUGUGAUAGUGAAAAAUUGGCAGAAGUGUGUUUUGCUGGUGAAACUGAAGCUGAUGCGAAAUUUGUGUGUUUAGAAGGCUGUCGUCAUAUUUUUGAAUUAAAUUGGUUUAAUAUGUGGUUCAGUCAAGAAAAUAGAGGUAAAAAUGAAUUUCGAUUUAGAACUUGUCCGACAUGCAAAACUGUUAUUCGGAAAACCUCGCAUCUUGAAAGAAAUAUCGAAUCUUGGUUUAAUAAUGUUGAAAAAAUUAAGAAAGCAAUUUCUGGAAAUGAAGAUUAUAAUGAAAAUUUAAGAGAAAUUUUACGACAACGUAUUAGAGACAAAUAUAGAAAGUCUCCCUUCGGAUUUGAGAUUCCACCUUGUACAUUUUAUGCAGGUUGGAUUAAAUUCAAAGAAUGUCUUGAAUCCGAAAAAGAAAGGAAUAUCCAAGAUCUGAUUAAAAUUGAAAAUGUGAUGAACAUUAUGAAUAUAUGGUCAUCGUAUUUUUCAAAACAAAGAUCAGAGCUGUUGAGAACAUUUAGCAGGUUAAAGGAUUAUAUAGAAUUAACUGAGAAAUUAGAGGAAUAUAUAAAUAUAAAUGAAAAGUGGCUGGAGACUUUCAUCAGUAAAAGGUAUUUAAUAGCAUCUGAACAGCAGUUAAAAGACCUAACAUGGGAAGUUCAUCGUCUGAAAUUAAUUGAUGAACUUGGCAAAUUCAUGAUGGAAGUUAAAUCCAAAGACAUACACUUGAAUAAAUUAUUGGAUCUUGCGUUAACUUAUUCCCCAUUUCGUGAAGCAGAAUUAACGAAAUUCAUUUCUGAACUACAAAACAUGUGUGAAUGUGUCCCCAACAAAUUGAUAAAUAUUUCAGAACUUCAGAAUCAACCAGCUUUAACUGUCAUGAGCUUUUCGGUUGGUCAUUGGUUUUUGUGUGAAAAAGGGCAUGCAUAUUCUGCGGUUCAAUGUAGAGAUUUAUUUGCAGAAAACAAUUGCUAUGAAUGUGACAAGAAGAUUGUUUAUGUAAAGGCCUUACUUCCAAAAGCAUACCAACGUCCAAAGCAGCCGUGGGCCUACCACAGAGGGCGUGGGUCAAGAGUCAGAAGGUCUUACAGAUUUUAACGUAACCUAUAUCCUUAAAAAUCAAAAGGUUUUAUUAAGUUUCAAUUUCUAUCCGUUACUUACUGCCAUCAAUUAAUUUUAAACUAUAAAGAAGUUACGCAUGAGAAUUAUUAUGUCACAGUUUGAAAUCUUUUCAAUCUCAUAUAUUGCUGUAACAAAUAACUGGAGUAUGUAAAUUGUAAACAUU